UUCAUCUCCUACGCACCGUUUGGUAAGGCUGACCUUUUUUCAACUUUCGUCACCGACCCUUGAAAACUUUGAGAUUCAAACUGUAGAAUAGAGCUUGUAACCGUGCUAUUGGUUACUGUCCUUCAUUACCACCAUCGCUCCUUCCGCACUUCUACUGUUGCCCUGCAAAAAAAAGAUCCCAAAACACCAUCCUCACACUGACUCACAGGCCUAUUUUGGUAGCCCCACUCUGGUGAUUCUGGCCUCAAUUUUCGAUUUUGAAAAACUAUUUAACACCACCGACCCCUCCCACUUCCAAACCUUCCCUUCUAUUUUAUUUUUUCCUCAUGCGAUUUUCCCAUUCCCCCACCACUUUCCUUUCAACCAAACAAUCGCAUUUCACUUCACUCAUCCACCGCCGACUCUCGCAUUCGCGCACUUUAUUUAAUCAUUCACUUUGAUUCUAUUCUAACGUUCAUUAUCCAGACAAUCUUUUGCGACCGCCCUCAAUUGAUUUAUUAAUCCUUUGAGUAUACAUCUGCAGCAAUGGAUGCCAUUCAGACUCACCCUUCCACUGCCGCGCAGGCAAAGGCCUUCACUGCGCCUAACUCCUUCGCCAUGACGGGAGGUGUCGGCGGCCUUCCCAGCAAUGGUGGCCUUACCCCACCUUUUGACUCUGAUAAGGCUAAUGGCAUUAUUAACGGUCAGCGCCACCAGCAGGUGGCUAACGGUACCGGGGUGACUCCCGCUACUCCCGCUGCCACCCCUGCUGCUGUGCAGGGCGGAAGCGGUCUGACGCCUACCUUGCAGAACAUCGUCGCAACGGUGAACCUCGAGUGCCGUCUUGACUUGAAGACCAUCGCUCUUCAUGCACGCAAUGCGGAGUACAAUCCCAAGCGAUUCGCCGCCGUGAUCAUGCGAAUUCGUGAUCCCAAGACCACCGCGCUUAUCUUCGCUUCGGGCAAGAUGGUUGUUACUGGCGCCAAGUCCGAAGAUGAUUCGAAGCUUGCUUCUCGCAAGUACGCACGAAUCAUCCAGAAGUUGGGUUUUAACGCGAAGUUCUCGGAUUUCAAGAUCCAGAACAUUGUCGGUAGUUGCGACAUCAAGUUUCCCAUUCGUCUGGAAGGAUUGGCUUCGCGCCACCACAAUUUCAGCUCUUACGAGCCUGAGUUGUUCCCUGGUUUGAUCUACCGCAUGAUCAAGCCUAAGAUCGUUCUCUUGAUCUUCGUCAGUGGCAAGAUUGUCUUGACCGGUGCCAAAGUUCGUGAAGAGAUCUACCAGGCAUUCGAGAUGAUCUAUCCCGUGCUUCAAGAUUUCCGCAAGGUCUAAGGGCAUCAUCCCUACCAGUCUGGGACAUUCUGGGUGGAUAUCGCUUACCUGACUGCGCAAAAGAUCCCAUCUUAGACUAUCACUGGGAUUUGUAAAUUACAAUACUUCACGAUUUCACGACUAUCGUCUCACGAUUAACGACGCGUUGAUUUGGACAGGUCACAGUCCAAACAUUCUCGUCUUCUGUAUCAUUUGCAUUUCGGACACUGCAUGGCACUGGCGUUGACAAAGGGAGGGACCCUAAAGGAAGGAUGACGCUGAGUUCAUGGAAAACACAAAAAUCCCUUAAAAUCGUUUCUUUUAAAGAGCCGGAUUGACGCCACUGAUUUACACUACGGUACUCUCCGAUGGCAUUUUCCGCUGGUCGAUGGUGCCGUCUUAAUUCGACCCGGAGGAGGUGGAGGUGUUGCACAGUUGGUGACUAGGUGCACACAUGGUGGUUUACUAUGCCGAACUUUGCUUCGGUCAUAGUUAUGCUUUACAUAAAGCAAUCAGUGAGGUGAAUGGGUUUCUUUAUGAAACUCAUUCCGCAUACCUCCUGGAGAAGGGUGAUUUUGGCAGUUAGCUCGGCACUCAUCCGUUGACAAGAUAGCUAAGUUUCCUAGAUGAUCGUUUGUUGCUUGUCUGGUCAUAUGGCCGACAUCUACUUGCACAAACUGGCAUCUGAACUUCCUACGGAUUUGUGUUCCUUGUGGUUAUACCCUGGGAGCAUAUAAUUGCAUCAUUUUCCCCUUUUAA